AUGAGCACCUCUCCACCAAGUCAUCUAUUAGAAAUUAGCACCUCUCUGCCAAGUCAUCUACUAGAAAUGAGCACCUCUCCACCAAGUCAUCUACUAGAAAUGAGCACCUCUCCACCAAGUCAUCUACUAGAAAUGAACACCUCUCCACCAAGUCAUCUACUAGAAAUGAACACCUCUCCACCAAGUCAUCUACUAGAAAUGAGCACCUCUCCACCAAGUCAUCUACUAGAAAUGAGCACCUCUCCACCAAGUCAUCUACCAGAAAUGAGCAACUCGAUGCCAAUUCAUCUACCAGAAAUGAGCACCUCUCCACCAAGUCAUCUACUAGAAAUGAGCACCUCUCCGCCAAGUCAUCUACCAGAAAUGAGCACCUCUCCACCAAGUCAUCUACCAGAAAUGAGCACCUCUCUGCCAAGUCAUCUACCAGAAAUGAGCACCUCUCCACCAAGUCAUCUACCAGAAAUGAGCACCUCUCCGCCAAGUCAUCUACCAGAAAUGAGCACCUCUUCACCAAGUCAUCUACCAGAAAUGAGCACCUCUCUGCCAAGUCAUCUACUAGAAAUGAGCACCUCUCCACCAAGUCAUCUACCAGAAAUGAGCACCUCUCCACCAAGUCAUCUACCAGAAAUGAGCACCUCUCCACCAAGUCAUCUACUAGAAAUGAGCACCUCUCCACCAAGUCAUCUACCAGAAAUGAGCACCUCUCCGCCAAGUCAUCUACCAGAAAUGAGCACCUCUCUGCCAAGUCAUCUACUAGAAAUGAGCACCUCUCCACCAAGUCAUCUACCAGAAAUGAGCACCUCUCCACCAAGUCAUCUACCAGAAAUGAGCACCUCUCCACCAAGUCAUCUACUAGAAAUGAGCAACUCAAUGAUAAUUCAUCUACCAGAAAUGAACACUUCUCCACCAAGUCAUCUACUAGAAAUGAGCACCUCUCCACCAAGUCAUCUAACAGAAAUGAGCACCUCUCCACCAAGUCAUCUACCAGAAAUGAACACCUCUCCACCAAGUCAUCUACUAGAAAUGAGCAUCUCUCCACCAAGUCAUCUACUAGAAAUGAGCACCUCUCCACCAAGUCAUCUACUAGAAAUGAGCACCUCUCCACCAAGUCAUCUACCAGAAAUGAGCAACUCAAUGCCAAUUCAUCUACCAGAAAUGAGCACCUCUCCACCAAGUCAUCUACUAGAAAUGAGCAACUCAAUGCCAAUUCAUCUACCAGAAAUGAACACUUCUCCACCAAGUCAUCUACCAGAAAUGAGCACCUCUCCACCAAGUCAUCUAACAGAAAUGAGCACCUCUCCACCAAGUCAUCUACUAGAAAUGAACACCUCUCCACCAAGUCAUCUACAAGAAAUGAGCAACUCAAUGCCAAUUCAUCUACCAGAAAUGAACACUUCUCCACCGAGUCAUCUACUAGAAAUGAGCACCUCUCCACCAAGUCAUCUACUACAAAUGAGCACCUCUCCACCACGUCAUCUAUUAGAAAUGGGCACCUCUCCACCAAGUCAUCUACCAGAAAUGAGCAACUCAAUGCCAAUUCAUCUACCAGAAAUGAACACUUGUCCACCAAGUCAUCUACCAGAAAUGAACACCUCUCCACCAAGUCAUCUACUAGAAAUGAACACUUCUCCACCAAGUCAUCUACUAGAAAUGAGCACCUCUCCACCAAGUCAUCUACUAGAAAUGAACACUUCUCCCCCAAGUCAUCUACUAGAAAUGAGCACCUCUUCACCAAGUCAUCUACUAGAAAUGAACACUUCUCCACCAAGUCAUCUACUAGAAAUGAACACUUCUCCACCAAGUCAUCUACUAGAAAUGAGCACCUCUCCACCAAGUCAUCUACUAGAAAUGAGCACCUCUCCACCAAGUCAUCUACUAGAAAUGAGCACCUCUCCACCAAGUCAUCUACUAGAAAUGAGCACCUCUCCACCAAGUCAUCUACUAGAAAUGAGCACCUCUCCACCAAGUCAUCUACUAGAAAUGAGCACCUCUCCACCAAGUCAUCUAAUAGAAAUGAGCACCUCUCCACCAAGUCAUCUACCAGAAAUGAACACUUCUCCACCAAGUCAUCUACUAGAAAUGAGCAACUCAAUGCCAAUUCAUCUACCAGAAAUGAACACUUCUCCACCAAGUCAUCUACCAGAAAUGAACACUUCUCCACCAAGUCAUCUACCAGAAAUGAACACUUCUCCACCAAGUCAUCUACUAGAAAUGGGCACCUCUCCACCAAGUUAUCUACUAGAAAUGAGCAAUUUAAUGACAAUUCAUCUACCAGAAAUUUACACUUCUCCACCAAGUCAUCUAACAGAAAUGAGCACCUCUCCACCAAGUCAUCUAACAGAAAUUAGCACCUCUCCACCAAGUCAUCUACUAGAAAUGAGCACCUCUCCACCAAGUCAUCUACUAGAAAUGAACAAUUUAAUGACAAUUCAUCUACCAGAAAUUUACACUUCUCCACCAAGUCAUCUAACAGAAAUGAGCACCUCUCCACCAAGUCAUCUACUAGAAAUGAGCACCUCUCCACCAAGUCAUCUACUAGAAAUUAGUAACUCAAUCCCAAUUGAUCUACCAGAAAUGAACACUUCUCCACCAAGUAAUUUACUAGAAAUUGAGCAUCUCUCCACCAAGUCAUCCUCUUAA